AUGGUCGCACGUCAAGGCGGUGAGACUCCACGGGGCGCGGCAACAAUACAGCCGGCAGAACGCGAUACAGGCGGUAUACGGGAAGAGGAGCAGCGAAAGGGAAGCGGCCGGCCAGUCAGUGAAUCAAUAUCCAUCAUUGCUGCUGCUGCUGCUGCUUUGCUGCUCUGCUGCUGCUCUGACUCUUUUCCCCACACUACUUGCUCGCUUUCUGCUGGUUUCAACAAUUUCCUCAUCCAACCGUCUACCCUCCUCUUCCAUGCCGCCCAUCCUCCCGCUACGCUGCACUGUCGUCUUGCCCGCUUCGUGAGCGUUGACUUUCACCACCUCCUCCUACGUACAAUACUUCCUCUCGACGAGAGUUUACUUGCGCGGAUUCUGGCGAGUGCAUCCAUACCACAUAUUGGGAACCGGACUCGGUCGCGGCAGCUGCGUCUUACGAGUUUCGCUGCUGGCGCAUUACUGAACGGUAUGUUCUUCGAGGCUUUUCUUAUGGAUACUUGGUUGGUGCCAGAUACUCGCGAUGUUGUCACGGCUCUGGGACCUCGAGACAGCGCCCUGAGCGUUGCAGUUGGGUCGGCGCAGUUCCCAGAGCCCAAACCGGGAGCGAAAGUCACUUUCGCUCCGUCUGGGGUGUGA